AUGUCGUCUUUCUUUGGCCGAUCCGGUACUCCCAACCAAGACCCACGCGCUGGUAGUGGUGGACAAUACAACUCACUUCCUUCGGGCCCUCGACCUGGUGGGGCUCGGGUACCGCCGCCUCCAGCACCCCGAGGUGCAAUGCCCCCGCAGCAGGGUGGCCAAUACGAUUCCUAUACCUCUCGAGCACCUCCAGCAAACUACGGUGGCUCGGGAUACCCAGAUGAGAAACGGGGAGGCAGAGAUGCUUUGAUGUCUUCCGGUCGUAGAGGUGGCCAAUUCGCCGUGGUCGAAUGUCCUAAUACGGCCCUUGCAUUAACCAACUGUCUCGUCGUACACCCGAAUGACUUUUCUCAGAAGGAGCACGUAUUGGUGAAGCACGACUUUCCUUUGACAGUCAUACACGAUACCACUGGUCAACUGCGCCCUGGCGAAGUCGGAGCCACUCGCGUACAACGCAUGUGGAUAGGCUUAUCGGUCCAGGGCGACUCGGUUUCCGUCGAGCCACUGAAUCUUGAGUCCAGAGGCAACGAUAUUUAUCUUGGAAGCCUUGACCUAGAAGUCGGCCUCUGGAAUCCCAAACAGGCCGUUGACCAGCAGUUCAGUGCUGACGACUUGAGCGCCGGGUUUGCCAAGGCUUACAACGGUCUAGUCUUCACGCCCGGCCAAAUCCUCGCAUUCGAUUUUCACGGCAUAACCCUCAAGUGUAUUGUUACCGGUCUUCAGGUCGUCGAACUCGCAGCCAUCCAGUCCAAGCGAGGAGGAGACUCAAAUGCAGGGUCAAGUGGACCACGUACAGGCAUUCUCAUGCCACAGACCGAAGUCAAUUUUAUCAAAGCUGGGGACAGUAAUCUAAAAAUCAAGUCCUCCGCCCGUAAGCCAGCAGCAAACUCGAUCAUUGCUCCCAAUUUCAAGUUUGAGGAUAUGGGCAUUGGUGGUCUCGACCAGGAAUUUGGAGCUAUUUUUCGUAGGGCGUUUGCCUCGCGUGUGUUUCCGCCUGGGUUGGUUGAAAAGCUGGGCAUUCAGCACGUCAAGGGUAUUCUGUUGUAUGGUUCACCCGGUACCGGAAAGACGCUCAUGGCUCGGCAAAUUGGGAAAAUGCUCAAUGCACGCGAACCCAAGAUCGUCAACGGUCCUGAAAUUUUGAAUAAGUACGUUGGAGCCAGCGAAGAGAACAUUCGAAAACUGUUUGCGGAUGCCGAGAAAGAGUACAAAGCUAAAGGAGAGGAAAGUGGACUCCACAUUAUCAUCUUUGAUGAACUGGAUGCCAUCUGCAAGCAGCGUGGAUCAACCAACAAUGGUACUGGAGUUGGUGACAGUGUCGUCAAUCAGCUCCUGUCCAAGAUGGACGGUGUAGACCAGCUGAACAAUAUCCUGAUCAUUGGAAUGACCAACAGGAAAGACAUGAUCGACGAAGCCUUAUUGCGUCCGGGUCGUUUAGAGGUCCACAUGGAAAUCUCCCUACCAGAUGAAAAGGGUCGUCUGCAAAUCUUGAAUAUCCACACUGCGUCGAUGCGAAAGCAUGGCGUUCUUGACUCGGAUGUCGAUCUUUUGGAUCUUGCCUCCCGCACCAAGAACUUUUCGGGUGCGGAAUUGAAUGGUUUAGUCAAGAGCGCGACUAGUUUUGCAAUGAAUAGGCAUGUCAAGGUCGGAACAAUGGCCGGAAUUUCAGAUGAUAUCGAAAACCUGCGAGUCAAUAUGGCUGAUUUUGACCACGCACUAGAGGAAGUACACCCUGCAUUUGGUGUUGCCGAGGAGGAAUUGGCGCAAGUCAUUCAAAACGGGAUUAUUCACUUUGACCAGGGUGUUGAUGCGACAUUACGUGAUGGUAGGCUCUUUGUCGAGCAAGUCCGCACCAGUACGCGUACUCCACUCGUCAGUUUGCUUCUACAUGGUCCUCCCGGUGCAGGAAAGACUGCUAUGGCUGCAACCAUUGCGCAAGCAUCCCAAUUCCCAUUCAUCAAACUCGUGUCACCCGAUCAUAUGGUUGGAUUUUCCGAGCCUCAAAAGAUCGCAGCAAUUACCAAGGUGUUCCAAGACUCUUACAGGAGUCCGCUGAGUGUGAUUGUCGUGGACAAUAUUGAACGUUUGCUUGACUGGGUUCCUAUUGGUCCUCGAUUCUCAAAUGGAGUUUUGCAGGCACUAAUGGUUCUUAUGGCAAAGCGCCCGCCCGCGGGAAAGCGCCUUCUUGUUAUCGCCACCACGACUAUCAGGCCAAUGCUAACAGAUAUGCAAAUGUCGGAAGUCUUCGAUGCCGAACUCCGCAUUUCGCCCAUCUCGACCCUGUCAGCUCUAAGCAAAGUAUUCGAGGACGUCCAGCUAUUCCGCUCGUCCGCUGAACAUCGCGAAGCACUGAAUCAGCUGCAGAUUGCUGGGUUUGGUAACGAUGGCAAGUUAAAUAUUGGCGUGAAGAAGGUGCUGAGCAUUGUGGAGAUGGCGCGACAGGAACCUGAGGAUAUUGCACAACGGUUGGUUGGUGCAUUUGUAAACUUUGGCUUGUAA